AUGCGCUGUUCGCGCGGUCUGUCUGGAAAGGUGAGUGAAGUCUGACAGUCUUGAUCGAAUGCAACGAGGUCGCUGAUCGCCUUGGAUAGGACCGCACAUUGUCCCGUACGUACAGUCCCUUCGAGCCUCCUUCGAUACUCGCUCUACUACUCUCUGGUGUCCGUACUAACGCGAUCCGAAGUCUCCCGAUAGUACGGCCGAAGCCUGGUGAAAGAACGCCGCCCAUCAAGACACAGGCGCGCAGCGCGACUAUUCUACCAAACUUCCUGGGCCUAGUCUUCCAGGUGCACAAUGGCAAAACCUACAACGACGUGCGGAUAACGGAGGACAUGGUUGGACACAAGCUAGGAGAAUUCGCGCCGUAUGUUUGGAAGAGAUGCUCUCGAGCUAUGCACGUUGCUGAUCACAUUCGCAGAACUCGGAAGCGUUUCACAUACAAGCAGACAAAGAACAAGUAG